GAUAAUGGAUAACACUUAUUUGGUAUGUAUAUAUAUGCCACCUUCAACCACGGAAUUUUUUAGAGUUGGGGGGGAAAAAAAAUUUCUUAAAAGAGUUUUUGGUGAGCCAAAGAGUCACUGAGAAUAUGAGAGGCAUUAGGGUAAUCUCAACGAAUACAGUCCUAGCAGCCAACUAUCACAAACAUAACUCAGACGAGUUUCAAACAAUUCAUCUAACUCCAUGGGAUUUGCAGUUGCUUCUGGUGGAUCCAAUACAGAAAGGUCUUCUCUUUCAAAAGCCACCAAAAGCCACCCCAUCACUUUCACAACCAAAUGAAAUAGAAAACUCACUCAUCCCACAUCUCAAGUCCUCUCUUUCCCGAACACUAGACUUCUUUCCACCGCUUGCCGGCCGGCUCGCUUCUAUCGAACACGCCAACGACAACACGACGUCGUUUCUCAUCGAUUGCAACAAUGCCGGAGCUCUAUUCGUGUAUGCCAAAGCUGAUGAAGUUUCCAUCUCUGAUAUCGUUGACCCUCUCUGUCAUCCUCGCAUUAUCCACUCGUUUUUCACCCUUAAUGGUGUUCGAAACUUCCAAGGCACCACCAAACCCCUGCUUGGAGUUCAAGUAACCGAGCUUAUCGAUGGUGUUUUCAUAGGUUGCACAAUCAACCACACCGUCGUCGAUGGUUCUUCGUUUUGGCACUUCUUCAACUCUUGGUCCGAGAUCUCUCGAGGUUUUGACAACAUCACCAAACCUCCAGUUCUUCAUCGAUGGUUUCCUGAAGGUACUCAAUUUCCUAUUCGUAUUCCUUUCUCGGAUGCCAAUCAUAACGUUGAUAAUACUAAGUUCUCUACUCCAAAACAAUCCAUGGGAGAAAGAGUGUUUCAUUUUUCAAAAGAAUAUGUGAAAAAGCUAAAGUCAAAAGCCAACGCUGAGAUUGGAACCGAUAAGAUAUCUUCUCUACAAGCUGUUUUAGCUCAUCUAUGGCGGUCGAUAAUCCGUUACGAUCGUCAUCUUGACUGCAACAAACAUAAUAGCAACUACCGUUUACUCAUUGGUGCUAGAUCGAGGCUGAAUCCUCCAUUACCAGAAACAUAUUUUGGCAAUGCGGUUCAAGCUGGAACAGUGACGGUCAAAGUCAAAGACCUACUUGGACUUGGACUUGGUUACGUGGCAUGGGAAAUGAACAAAAUGGUUGCGUUGUUUAAUGAAGAGAAAUUGAUUAAGAACUUCUUGGUGGGUUGGGUAGAAAAGCCUAAGUUGCUGACAGAGGAUAACAUGGCUGCAAAUGCCUUUGUCACGAGCAGUUCGCCGCGGUUCGAUGUGUACGGAAAUGAUUUUGGUUGGGGAAAACCAAUUUGCGUGAGAAGUGGUGCCGGUAAUAAAUCCCAUGGAAAGAUUACAGUGUUCCGUGGAGUGGAAGAUGGUAGCAUUGAUAUUGAAGUUUGUCUCUUACCCGAAACAUUGGAUGCCAUGGCAAAUGAUCUUGAACUUAUGAAGUUUGUUUCUGAGUAGUAAUUUCUGUUUUGUAAUAAUGUUUAGAUUUUAAAUGUUGGUGGUAUUUUUGUGAAUCAAGAAUAAGGGCGUUAAACUAUCGGAUUUCCUUUGGUGGUCCAGUCAAGUUUGUUUCUUUUAGUGGUAUAGUAAUGGUCCUAAUGGAGUGGUCCAGUCAAGUUUGUUUCUUUUAGUGGUAUGGUAAUGGUCCUAAUGGAGUCUUUUUUUUGUUUUUGUGUUUUUUGGUGUGAAGGAAUGUCUUUGAGUGUGUCAUAUAUAUAUAUAUAUAUAUAUGGAUUGUAUGAUCAGGACGGUCCUGAUCAUAAUGGAUGCCGUAAAAAAAUAUGAAAAAAUGCCUAACUAUUGGAUUUUAAUUUA